AUGAGACCCCCUCCAGGUUUAGUUCAUUCUCCUAAUCAAGUAUGUAAGCUUCGUAAAGCUCUCUAUGAAAUCAAACAAGCACCUCGUGCAUGGUUUGAGAAAUUUUCUACUGCUAUUCUUCAAUUUGGUUUCAGUCAAAUCCCAUAUGACUUAGCAAUGUUCUUCAGAAUAUCUGCAAAAGGAACAAUACUUCUUCUUUUAUAUGUGGAUGAUAUGGUUAUCAUGGGCAGUGACUCAAAAGGUAUUAAAUCUCUUAAAACUCAUCUGAAUUUAUGCUUUCAAAUGAAAGAUCUUGGUCACUUAAGAUAUUUCCUUGGGAUAGAAGUUGAUAGGUCAUCUGAAGCUUACUUUAUAUCUCAAGUUAAGUAUGCCGCUGAGAUUCUUAAUCGAGCUGGAAUAACAGACAGUAAGGUUUCGAAAACACCUCUAGAACUUAACGUUAAGCUCAAUCCUAGUGAUGGAAAAGCUUUGUCUGAUCCAACUUUGUAUAGACAACUAGUUGUAAAUCUCAAUUACUUAACGAUAAUAAGACCGGAUAUUAGCAAUGCAGUACACGUUGUAAGUCAAUUCAUGUAUGCUCCUCGUACUACACAUUUUUCUUCCAUUCUCAGGAUUCUAAGAUACAUCAAGGGGACAUUGUAUCAAGGAUUGCAGUUCUCUUCUAAGUCAGACCUUCGUCUCCAUGCUUAUACAGACUCCGAUUGGGCAGAGGAUGUAACAGAUAGAAGAUCCACAUCUGGUUAUUAUAUUUUUCUAGGCAACUCUCUCAUAUCUUGGUGUAGUAAGAAACAGUCAGUUGUCUCUCGAUCUAGUUCUGAGGCUGAAUAUAGGGCUUUGGCACACACUACAUCUGAAAUAUUUUGGUUACGGUGGUUACUGAGUGAUAUGGGCAUCCAUCUGACAGGGUCUAUUCCUUUAUACUGUGACAAUAAAUAUGCUAUUCAUAUCGCUCAUAAUGAUGUUUUUCAUGAUCGUACAAAACACAUUGAAAUCGAUUGUCAUUUUGUAUGUCAUCACUCCAAAAAGAAGACCAUUACACUACCAUACGUCAGCUCGGAAAUGCAGCUUGCAGAUCUUUUCACCAAGUCAUUGUCUUCUCCCAGACUCAAUUUUUUGGCCAACAACCUCAAGAUGUGUUCUAUACCAUCUUGA